AUGGGUGGCAUACUCAAGCGUAAUCUGAAACAACUGUCGACAGGACCUGUCACCAUGUACGAAUCGCCACGAGAGCUGUGCAUAAAUCAUUUGGGACGAUCCCCGGACCCGCCACGUCCUACGCUCGUCCAGGAAGUCGACGUGAAGUCAACUCUCGGCUCGUUACGGCGAUCCGAUCUCAAGCCUGUGUCCGGUCGUUUGAUUCCCGCCAAUCACCUUCCCCGAUCGGCUUCGGAAGAAGACAGACGUCCUCGCCUCGUGCUCGCACCUUUCCUUGCUCUUCCUGCAGCCUACCGACGCUGUGCAGCGCUUCUCAGUUGA